AUGCCCACAAUCCGCGUUGGAACCGCAUCACCGGCGACCGGCCCCACCAAGGCCGCUACUCUCCGUGACCUGUCCGACCUAGCCCGUCGAGCUGCUUCUCACUCCAUUGAUAUCCUGCUGCUUCCCGAGGCUUAUAUCGGCGGAUAUCCUCGCGGAACCGCCUUCGGUGCCGUCAUCGGUGAUAGGCCAUUUGAGGGCAGGGAGGAGUUUGCCAAGUACUUUGACCAGGCUGUCGAUUUGGGGGACACAGUCGGCGGUGGUGCUGGUGCUGGGUCGAAGUGGGUGAAGAAGGAACUUGGUGACAAUGAUGAAGCAGUGAGGGGAGACGGCACAAGGGAGGAGCUGGAAAAGAUUGCCAGCGAUACCGGCGUUUUUCUUGUUACCGGGCUCAUUGAGAAGACGGGCGGCAGCUUAUAUUGCGCCGUCGUGUAUGUGUGUCCCAAGGCCGGUGUGAUCGGAAAGCGACGCAAAGUUAUGCCGACCGGUACAGAGCGUCUUUGCUGGGCUCAAGGAUCCCCCGCGACGCUGAAGGCCGUAUCGACCAUCAUACGUGGCCAACGAGUCAACCUGGCCGCUGCCAUCUGCUGGGAAAACUACAUGCCGUUCGUCCGGCAAGCCUUGUACGAGCAAAAUAUCAACUUGUAUCUCGCUCCUACCGCAGACGGCCGUGAUGCAUGGUUGAGCCUCAUGCGUACAAUCGGAGUUGAAGGGCGCUGCUUCGUGGUGAGCAGCAACAUGGCCGUAAGAAAAGACGCCAGCGCAGGGGCUGGAUCGUCACGAGUUAGUCCUACCAGGAGCAGAGCUAGACGCAACUCUACUUUCACAGAUGAAGGCUUCGAGAUUGCUCUGCCGUCGGCAAGCCCAACUCGCCACAGACGCAGAAAAUCAGUGUUUGACGAUGACGGCAAUGAGAUUGUGCUAUGCUGCGAUGAAGAAAACGGCGUGGAUCAAAAUGGCGCCAAUUCAAAAGCUCAGAACAGGCAGCAUUUCCCGAAAGCUGACGGCUGGGUCUCCCGUGGCGGGUCUUCGGUUGUAUCUCCAUAUGGCGAUGUUCUUGCAGGACCGCAGUGGGAAGAUGACGAGGGCAUCAUUUUCGCGGAUAUCGAUCUACGGGAGUGCAUCAGGGGAAGAUUGGACCUUGAUACAGCUGGCCAUUAUUCCAGAAAUGAUUCGUUUCACUUUAGUGUAGAUGGAUUGGACUUGGACCCGUUACCCUAUUAG